CAUUGAGAACGCCGCCACCCUGAAGUUUGUCCACCGCGUCAAGUAUUUCGGGCGUCAGCGACAGCGUUGAAGUGAACCAAAAAACCAAUGAUAGUGUCUUUAACAAUCGUCAAACAUUCGAUUCGAAAGUCGGGCAGCAAAUCGCGGUCAAUAUGGAUCAACUGGUUUGGCUUUCAUUUUGCAUUUCACUUGGAUUAUUGCUCCUGGGUAGUUUCACCGCCGGCCUCCCGUUCGAGGAUGGCAACAAUAACAACGUCAAGAUCACCCGCCGCAGCUUGGAGCUGACCCAAACCAUCAACAUUCAGCGGCAGGAGUACAUGCAGCGGCAAUGCGAACUUCUGGGGGAGCACACCCAAACGCUGGAGGAUCUCAGCGAGCUGCAGAUGGACCACAUGAUCGUGGACAGGGAGCACAAGCUGCUCUACUGCUAUGUGCCCAAGGUUGCCUGCACGAACUGGAAACGGGUGCUGAUGAUGCUCACAGACAAGUGGCACAACGGAACCGAUCCUCUGCAGAUUCCGGGCUCUUUAGCUCAUUCGGUGGGAAUGUUUACCAAGCUGUACGAUUUAACCGAAGCGGAGCAGCAGCAGGUGCUCAGCGAAGACUAUACGCGAUUUAUCCUGGUGCGACAUCCCUUCGAGCGGCUACUGUCCGCCUAUAGAAAUAAGUUGGAGGGCGAUUCUCCCAGUGCCCGGUACUUCCAGUCGCGAGUGGGACGUCAGAUUGUAAAGGAACUGCGACCGGGAGCCAGUAACGAUUCGCUGGAACACGGUGACGAUGUUAGCUUUGGGGAAUUUGUAAAAUAUCUGGUUACUCCAGAGCUAAGUCGAGCCAACCAAUCGGAUUACAACGAGCACUGGGAGGUUAUAGCCAAGCUGUGCAAUCCCUGUGUGAUGAAGUACAACGUAGUGGGCAAAUACGACACUCUGCUAGACGAUUCCGCCUUGGCCCUGUAUUUGGCUAAAGCCAACAAUCUAACAUUCCCCACCGGCCACAAGCCGUCGAGCACGCGGGCCAAUCUGCGCACCUAUUUCGAUCCGCUGCCAAUCGGUGCCAUACGCCAGUUGUACGAAAUCUACGAGGAGGACUUCCGGCUCUUCGACUAUGCAUUGGAUGACGUCCUGGGCUUUGAGUUCGGAUGAUAAUGCUCUCUCUAUAUUUCCAAGUCACCACCAUAACGCUUUCCACUGGAAAAGAUUGUGAUUUUAGGCUAGGAUUCGUAGAAUUUAGUGCACUCCAACGCGAAUAUUAAUUUUAAUAUGUAUACCUCCCCGCGCACAAAUGAUUCCAAGGGUUUCGAUUAUAGGUAUUUUUAAUGUUUGUUUUCUAGGAUUAAGUUAAAUUAGGAAUUAUUUUGACAUGAUCAAAAUAUGUCAUUAAUUCGUAUUUAAUUUGUAUGUAAUUGAUCAAAUGACAUUUGAAAUAAAUGUCAACUGUUCGAUAACCUUUCUGAGUCCUACAAACAAAUCUGACAAAUCUCCAAAAACCCAAAAAAGCAACUACAAAAUUGGUUUUCGUAUCAAAAUCUUGGGAAAAAAUGGUCACCAGAUGGAAUGUCAUACAUUGGCGAAUUCGGCAUUAAAUUGCAUGACGAUACCCUUAUCAAAAAUUCGAAAAUUUGUCAUAAAAUUAAUUGGAAAUGUAACUGCGUUACAAACUUCUGAUCAAUUUAAAAUACCCUCUGAAAGGGUAUAAUAACCGACAGCUUAUCAUGAAAAAUCGCGAGCUAUUUACUGUGUGCGUGCACUUUUCGCUUUGGAAAUCCUGCCCUUUGUUAUCAGUAGAACGUUAAUAGCAUUGAAUAGAGAAUACUAUUUUUGUCUUUCAAAUCUGCCUUUGAUUGCAAGGAAGCUUUCAUGUUUUCGUCAGCGCAAAAUAAAAAGCUCAAUCAACUCGA